AUGCCUUUUCCUGCGCUCGUUACAGGCUUUAGUGUCUGGGCUUCUGGAUCUAUGACUUCCGGGGGCGUCUCUGGAGUCGUGUCCAGCGCAGUCAAUGUAGGCAUCGGCUGUACUACAAAGUCCGACUGCAAGCGCCAGGAGGAUGCUAUUCGCUAUGCACAAAAUAUGGCGCAUGAGAUCGCCGCAGAAGUUGCGGCGGAGAAGCAACAAGACGGCCCCGGCGCAGCUCCUGUUGGUGUCCCUCAGCACAUCUGGGACGACUGCUACAUUGAAGCUCUUGGCUCUCACAUCACAAUCACCGGUCCCAUCGGCGACAAUCACAUCCGUGCUGAAGGAAUGCCACCCACUUGCAUGACCCUCGCCAGGGUUGUUGGGGAUACCGCUGGUCAGGCCAUUCCCAUUCCCUGCGGCUCGGCCUGCAUGGAAUGGACGAACAUGACGCCCGAAUAUUACGAGUUCGUGCGUGGCAUGCUCAAUUCCCAGGUUCUCAGCGCCUGA